AUGGUAAAUAAUACAACACAUCACUAUAUUUCAUAUUUCUAUCUGGUUGGUAUUCCUGGCUUGGAAAAAUUUCACUCCUUGAUCAGCAUCCCUGUUUGUCUCCUGUUUGUCCUGACACUACUGGGGAAUAGUAUAGUCAUUGCUACUAUCAAAGUAGAACCAAGCCUCCACCAGCCUAUGUAUUUCUUCCUUGGCAUGCUGGGAAUGAAUGACAUUUUUCUUACUUGUUCCACAUCCUUGAAAAUGCUUGAUAUAUUCUGGUUUAAUGAACACUGGAUUGAGUUUGAUGUCUGUCUAACACAAAUGUAUUUUAUCCACAUGUUUUGCGCCUUUGAGUCAGCCAUCCUGGUGGCCAUGGCCUUUGAUCGCUUCGUGGCCAUUUGCAUCCCACUGCACUACUCGACCAUCCUCACAACAACCAUGGUUAUUAAACUGGGUGUAGUUGGCUUGAGCCGAGCUGUGCUCAUAGUUUUUCCAUGUCCUCUACUCAUUAAGAGGCUGCCCUACUACACAAGUUAUAUAAUCCCUCAUGCCUACUGUGAGCAUAUGGCUGUGGUGAAGUUAGCCAGUGCUAACACUCUCAUUAACAGAGCAUAUGGAAUCUCAGCAGCCUUUGCAGUAACAAUAUUGGACAUAUGGCUCAUAGCCACAUCUUACAUAAAAAUUCUCCAAGCAGUGUUCCGGCUGUCUUCCCAGAAUGCCCGCUCUAAGGCCCUGGGCACCUGUGCUGCACAUAUCUGCACUAUUCUUGCCUUCUAUACACCUGCACUGUUUAGUUUCCUAACUCAUCGCAUUGGCAAGAAUGUGUCUCCAAGUGUCCAUAUCAUCUUGGCAAGCCUGUACCUUCUAGUGCCCCCCACAGUCAAUCCCUUGGUGUAUGGUGUCAAGACCAAACAGAUUCGGGACCGAGUGCUGAGUCUUUUCUCACACUUGAAAACUACUGAAGGGUAA